AUGUUUGUGUCAGGGUACAGUAUGCCCAACAUACAACUGUCCUCAACUUUAUUUCUUAUCAUGUGGCCCUGCUUGGCUGUUAUUCUGAGUUGCAUUUUUGUCUUGAUGUGGCUAUCAUCCCUGAGAGUUGAAACUCUUCAAAUUGUUUUUUCCUGUCUGUUUAGCCAGGUGGGCGCUGUUGUUGUUGUCCGGUCACUAAGUCAUGUCCCACUUGGUGACCCCAUGGACGGUAGUAUGCCAGGCUCCUCUGCCUCUACUCUCUCCCACAGUUUGCUCAAAUUCAUGUCCAUUGAGUCGGUGAUGCUAUCCAAGCAUCUCAUCCUCUCCCACCCCAUUCUCCUUUUGCCUUCACUCUUUCCCAGCAUCAGGGUCUUUCUCAAUGAGUCAGCACAACCCACAUCAGACCCCACAUGUAAAAUGAUUCUCUGA